AUGUUUCGCGCUUGCUGCCCGAUAAAGAGUGGUAGGUUUUACUCGUCACUGACCGUUAAAUCACUGUACGAGCAAGUGCACCGUGCCCGCCAUGAUUCUAUUUCAAUUCAUGGAUGGAUCAAGUCGAUAAGGAUAUUGAAGCGUGUAGCGUUCUUAGACCUGCAAGACGGGACUUCAGUCAACCCUUUAAGAAUAGUAGUCCCACUAACAACUACUGACGAUGCACAGUUCUUGAAAAAUUUGAAAACUGGCCAAACUUUAUCCGUUUCUAAUGCUGUUUGGCAAGAUACCCCCAAUAGAGAACAGCCUUUUGAGCUGCAAAUCAAAAGGCCCAUCGAUUCGAUCCAACUGAUAGGCCCCGUUUCAGAAAACUAUCCAUUACAAAAGAAAUUUCAGACUUUGCCGUACUUAAGAACUUUACCUACAUUAAAAUAUAGGACCUCUUAUUUGAGCGCGAUUUUGAGAUUACGAUCAUUCGUAGAAUUACAGUUCAUGCUUUACUUCCAGAAGAAUCAUUUCACCAAAGUCUCGCCACCAAUAUUAACUUCAAACGACUGUGAAGGUGCCGGUGAGUUGUUUCAAGUUUCCACAAAUCAGUCGUCGACCGCAUCUUCAUAUUUUGGAAAGCCGACUUAUUUGACUGUAUCUACUCAAUUGCACUUAGAAAUCUUGGCUUUAUCACUGUCCAGAUGCUGGACGCUAUCCCCUUGCUUCCGAGCUGAAAGAAGUGAUACUCCAAGACAUCUCUCAGAGUUUUGGAUGCUUGAAGUAGAAAUGUGUUUUGUGAAUAGUAUCCAAGAGUUAACAUCGUUUGUAGAGACUACAAUGAAGCACGUAAUCAAUGCAUGUGUGGAUAACCAAGAAGAACUUUUGCCGAAGCAAUUUGUCUCUUUGCAAGAAGAUGAAGCUUCAUCAAGACCAUCGCUAGAUCAGGAGAAACAACAAAUAAAGUCGCGAUGGCAAAGUCUAGUAAAUGAGGAAUGGCAAACUAUAACCUACACGCAGGCCAUCGAAAUUCUCAAAAAGCACCACAAUCAGGAUUUGCAUUUUCAGUACGAACCAGAAUGGGGUCAACCUUUGCAGACUGAACAUGAAAAAUUUUUAGCCGGCGAGUAUUUCAAAUCGCCAGUUUUCGUUACUGACUAUCCACGUGUCUGCAAAGCGUUCUAUAUGAAACAGAAUUCUACUCCCAAUGACACUGUGGCAUGCUUCGAUUUACUUGUUCCGGGAAUGGGCGAAAUUAUCGGUGGAAGUUUAAGAGAAGAUGAUUAUGACAAGUUAUGUAAAGAAAUGAAAGAGCGCGGUAUGAAUGAAUCUGGUGAACUGGAUUGGUACCUUUCCUUGAGAAAAGAGGGCAGUGCACCACAUGGUGGGUUUGGACUAGGCUUUGAGAGAUUUAUCUCAUACUUAUACGGCAACCACAAUAUAAGGGAUGCUAUUCCUUUCCAUAGAACAUCUACGGGAUCCAUAAAUUUUUGA